AUGUGGUGGCCCAAGGCGGAGGAACCCAGUUGGGUAAAGUCUUCGUCUUGGUUCAAGAGAUUUGAAGGAACGACGCAGCCCAUCACUGUGUGUGGAGUUUUUGAACUGAAACUGAAGAAAACGAAAAAGAAAGUGGAGGAGAAGCCACACCCCCAAAUCUCCGUUCCCAAAUGGAUGGGUCAUUUGUACCUUUCGUUUGCACUGUCAGUUUCUGGAGAUUUGACAACUUUAGCCAAUCAAUUGGAAGAAUUGCUUCCAUGGAUUAUUCAUAGAAGUGAAAUGUACUAUGCUCUAGCCUUUUGUUAUUAUGGAGCAGGCAAGGAUCUAGUAGCACUAGAUCUUUAUUUUGAAUAUGAAAUUGGAGUCGCGAACACUGGUCGUCGUGCCUGCAAACGCCCGAUGCCAAGUGCUCCGCUAUUUCCACACAUAAACCACAACUCCUUCGUCCACCUCUUAAACCUCAUGCAAUUGGAUCUCCGCACCAACGUUAUCGCUGACGACCAACAGGACGACGCGCCUUUGCAACGCCGCUGGUGCUUCUUGCAAUGUCGCUUGUGA